AUGAUAAGAGGGAAAUCAAGAGUUGACCAUCAAGGUAUUAAAGUUGAACUCAUUGGCACAAUUGAGAACUUAUUCGAAAAAUCUUAAUCAACUAACUUCAUUCAACUUGGUUAAGAACUAGAACCCCCUGGAGCAUUGACAGAUUCAGCUGAGUAUAACUUUGCUUUUAAUAGAGUAGAGAAGCAAUUUGAGACUUACAAUGGUAUCACAGUCAGACUAAGGAGUUAUAAUAGAAUAACUAAGGAGGAAGAAUUUAUCGUGUUUAAUCCAAUAAGUGAAUCUACUUGGGUCGAUAAGCCAAUCAAAAUGGAGGUUGGUAUUGAAGAUUGCCUACAUAUCGAAUUUGAAUUCUCGCGAUCUGUGUUCACAAUGAGAGAUUGCGUUUUAGGCAAAGUCUAUUUCAAUCUAGUUAGAAUAAAAAUAAAACAUAUGGAGCUCAACAUCAUUAAAAAAGAGACUGUUGGAUCUAAUUAAAGUGCAAUUACAGAAAGUGAAAAUCUAAAUAAAUAUGAAGUCAUGGAUGGAGCACCUGUGAAGGGUGAAUGCAUUCCCAUAAGAUUUUAUCUAGUCUCUACUGACCUUACUCCAACCUAUGACAAUGUUAAUAAGAGAUUUUCUGUCAGGUAUUUCCUUAAUUUAGUAUUGGUCGACGAAGAAGACAGGAGAUACUUCAAAUAAUAGGAGAUAUUUUUAUGGAGAGAUAGAUUAGCAUGA